AUGAGCUCAGGUAUUGAGCGCUACACUGUGGAGCGUUGUGUUGUGUUGUGUUUGAAGAAGUACUUUGGUCCAAAGAAGGAUGAAGAGCAAGGUGAAUUUGGACAAAAGCAGGAUCCCGACGUCCAUCACUUCCUGAAGCACAAGCUGCUAAGAUUACCAUGGAAACCCGAGUAUAAGGGCCAGGUCAAUCUCCAUGUGUUUGAGGAUUGGUGUGGCUCCUCCAUCUCGCAACUCAAGAACAACUUGCAUUUCCCCCUUUACCCUCACAGCAGAACUACAGUGAAGAAACUGGCCGUGUCGCCUAAGUGGAAGAACUAUGGCCUGCGUGCUUUUGGCUACAUCCACCCUUACAGAGAUGGGGAGUUUCAGUUUGCCAUCUCGUCUGACGAUAACUCCGAGCUGUGGCUGAGCUCAGAUGACAAUCCUCUCAACACUCAUCUGUUGGCCUACGUGGGCAUGCAUGGAUCCGAGUGGACAGCUCCUGGGGAGUUCACCAAGUUCAGAUCUCAGAUCUCCAAACCCAUGCAUCUGACAGCUUCAAGGAGAUACUACUUCGAAGUUUUGCACAAGCAAGAUGACAGAGGCUCAGACCAUGUGGAAGUUGCGUGGCGCCCGUUUCUGCCCGGCUUGAAGUUUGACAUCAUUGACUCUCCCUACAUCUCCUUGUACACAGAUGAGUCAUGGUUGAUGAUGGACAACGUGUCCCAUGUGCCCCAGACGGUGGCCAGUCAUGCUGCUCCACCUGAGUCCCUCAGUAGAGUCUCCUUCUCGGGUCCCCGUCCCCGUCUCCAUGCCGACAUGCUGACGCCCGACCCCAGAGACACCUUCUAUCACAUUCCUCUGAUCUCUGCGUCUGGGCUCCUGAAGGUGUUGCCUCCCUGCGUCUACUCCCCUACCUACGUCCUGAAGGACUUCCCCAUCGCACGAUACCAAGGCCUGCAGUUUGUCUACUUGUCCUUUGUUUACCCCAAUGACUUCACACGGCUCACUCACAUGGAGAACGAUAACAAGUGCUUCUACAAGGAGUCCCCCUUGUACCUGGAGAAGUAUGGAUUCUACAAGUAUAUGAAAAUGGAUGAAGAGGAGGAUGACACCCCAUUCUUCUUCCCAAACCCUGAUGACUUCCUGGAUGAGGAGGAAGGGGCAGACCCAGAGGACCCGGGGGAGGACAGGCGGACCUCCGACAAUCAACCAAUCAGGACAAGCCAGAACCACAGCACAGCCAAUCCCAGCGCCGGAACAUCAUCAAAGCCCUCCUCCCCUCCUGCAACUGAGGACAGAGAGGAGCACCUCUAUCCUCAAAAGACACCCGAUAAACGAGGGAGCGAGAUGAAAGAGGCCAUUGAGGAAGUGGAGGAUGAAGAGGAGGGAGGAAGAGGAGACAGGGACGCUCCGAGUGCCCGAUUAAAGACCCCCGACAGCGGGGAACGCUCACUGGAGGUCAUGCCCGGUGUGUUCCUCCACCGCACCGGUGGCGCAGCGGCACAACAGGCUCGCCAGCAGCCCAUCAGGUGCAUCAGCAUCGUCCACAUCCUUCUGCCCUGUCUUCCACACAGACGCACGCCAUGCCCAGUCACCUGUCAGAUGGCCCAGAGGACAGUCACGGGUCCCCGUGGGCCAGCAGAUGGCCCAGAGUACAGCCACGGAUCCCCGUGGGGCAGCAGCUCCACCCACCCUGCAGCUGGGGGCUCCCCUUCCUCCACUCCCCCAGGCAGCAGAGCCCUUCCUGGGCAGCGCUCCUCUGAAAACAGCCUGCCUAAUGAUGAUGACGACCAGGACAACGCCCAGUCCAGAUCCAGAUCCAGGGGGGCCUCCUCCUCCAGGGCCUCAGAGCCCUUUGCAUCCCAGGCAGAGGCCCUGGACGUGGGGUCCCAGGCUGAGGAGCGUGCUGCUGGGGGCACAUCGGACUACAGCGAGGAGCAUGAGGAGGAGCUGCGUCCGGACUGGGAGGAGAAGGCCAUCAACUGGCAGCGGACGUUCAGCGCCAACACGGUGGACUUCGAGACGCUGCGCUCCGACUGGAAUGACUUGCGCUGCAACGUGUCGGGAAACCUGCAGCUGGCCGAGGGGGAGGCCCUGGACAUCGCCUCGCAGUACAUGGAACGCCUCAAUAAGCGGCAUGCCGGCGUCUACACCCUGCACCGCAUCCUAAACGUGGAGAAGCGGCGCGACUCGGCCAGGGGGAACCGUUUCCUGCUGGAGCUGGUGUUGCUGGAGGGAGGGCAAAAGAAGGUGCGCGUCUCCGAGUACGUUUACCUGCUGUUCCACCGCAGUCGCCUGGAGGACAGCCUGGAGAUGCACGAUGGCACGGCCCCUGCCUCUCCCUCGCACCCGGUGCCCUCCAAGUCUCCAGUGCCCAGCCCCAGCCGCAGCAGUGCCGCACCCCAGGAGCGAGCCACGCCCGCCUGGAGCACUAACUACGCCAGGCCCUUGCUCUGCAAGCCCACCGUCCUCCGCUGGAGGCAUGACGUCAUGGUGCACUUUGUGGUGCCAGUGAAGAACCAGGCUCGCUGGGUGGUGCAGUUCAUCUCUGACAUGGAGGCGCUGCGCAGGGAGACGCGGGACGACAACUUCAGCGUGGUGAUCGUGGACUUCCAGAGUGAGGACAUGGACGUGGAGAGGGCUCUGAGGGAGAGCUCCCUGCCACGGUAUGAGUACCUGAGGCGUGCAGGUCGGUUUGAGCGUGCAGCUGGACUGCAAGCAGGUGUGGACAGCAUCCAGGACAGCCACAGCAUAGUGUUCCUGUGCGACCUGCAUAUCCACUUCCCUGCCUCCCUGCUGGAGAGCGUCCGCAAGCACUGUGUGGAGGGCAGGCUGGCCUUCGCCCCCAUCGUCAUGAGACUCAACUGCGGAACUACGCCACGCCAGCCAGAGGGCUACUGGGAGGUGAAUGGCUUUGGACUGCUGGGCCUGUACAAGUCAGACUUCGACAGGGUGGGAGGCAUGAACACAGAAGAGUUCAAAGAGCGAUGGGGAGGAGAGGACUGGGAACUGCUGGAUAGAGUUCUCCAGCACGGCCUGGAGGUAGAACGUCUCCGCCUGCGGAACUUCUUCCACUAUUACCACUCCAAACGCGGAAUGUGGAACUCUCAGACCAAGAAUGUUCCUAAAGGCUAAGAAUCUGCUGAAGAACCAUUAUAAACUGCUCUCAAACAAGACCAUAAACUAUGUACCCCCGAGGCCACUAGACAAUCCAAACAGAACUCUGCAGAAGAUGUCUUAUUACUGGGAGAUGUAGAGAUGUCUGCAGCAUUGGGUUGUGCCAAGUGCUUGGGAACUUCUCAAAUAUA